AUGGCAUCCAUCAGUGCAGUGGGGCUUUUGGUCGUUUGCCUUGUGGCGUUGACUGUGGCGGUUCACGCCGAACCAGCCCGGUACGAUAACUACCGCGUGUAUAAACUAUUCGUCGAACGUGUGGAGCAGCUUGAGUUGUUGCAGCUCAUCGAACAGUCCCCCGAUGGAUACACUUUCUUGAGCGAUCCGGUACACCUGAACACUACCGUAAAGGUGGUAGUUCCGCCUCACAAAGCUGCGGAGUUCUCGGAGCUUAACGGACGGUUUGCGUUAGGUGCUGAGGUGGCCUUCGAUAACUUGCAGCAAGUGAUCGAUCGACAGCUGAGAGGUCGCCGGGAAACAUUCGGUUGGACCGCAUACUACCCGCUGGCAGACAUCUACGCGUGGUUGGAUACACUGAUCGAACAGUUUCCGGGAGUUGUGAGUCCAAUUGUCGCCGGUCAGACAUACGAGGGUCGUCAAAUUCGAGGUGUCAAAGUGUCAUACAAAGCGGGCAAUCCGGCAGUAUUCACUGAAGGAUCGAUCCACGCUCGCGAAUGGAUCAGUGCGGCAACCGUGACUUGGGUGUUGAACGAACUGCUCACCUCGCAAGAUCCAAGCGUCCGGGAGAUAGCAGAGAACUACGAUUGGUACAUCGUGCCGGUGGCCAACCCUGAUGGGUAUGAGUACACCCACACUACGACCAGGCUUUGGAGAAAGACACGAUCGCAGCAGAACGUCCUGUGCUUUGGUGUCGAUCCGAACCGCAACUGGGAUUAUCAGUUCAAUCAGGGUGGAACCUCAACGAUACCGUGUCAGGAUACGUACUCGGGACCGUCGCCAUUCUCGGAGAUUGAGACUCUUACGCUAUCGCAGUACAUCAGCACGAUACCGAACCUAUCGACCUAUCUCGAUUUCCAUUCUUCCGGUCAGCUGCUCAUGGUACCGUACGGACACACGCGCGAACCACUAGAUAACUACUAUGAGUUGAUGGAGAUUGGAACAAAGGCCAUUGCGAAGCUGCAAGAGCGACACGGAAGUGUCUACAGGGUCGGCAAUAUAGCUGAGAUUAUCUAUAUUGCAUCCGGAAGCAGCUUGGAUUGGGUUAAGGGAACUCUCAAGACUCCGCUGACGUUUGCUUACGAGCUUCGUGACACUGGCGAGUAUGGAUUCUUGCUACCACCGGAACAGAUCAUAUCCACGGCUGAGGAAACCCUCGACUCGAUCAUCGUGAUCUUGCAGGAAGUGUCCAUCGGACUCAGUGUUCCAUUCCAAACAAUGAAGUUCCUUCUGGUGUGUCUUGCAUUCGCCCUACUCGGCGCGGUAGUGGCCGAAAAGGCACGCUACGAUAACUAUCGUGUGUAUCGCGUCCGCAUUCAGACCAUCCAGCAUUUGGAACUCCUGCAAGCCAUCGAACAGUACCCCGAUGGCUACAGUUUCUGGAGCGACCCCGUAAAGGUAGGCACCGAGGUGUUGCUCGUAGUCCCACCGCACCAGCGUGGACACUUCUCGGACAUUCGGGCUCGGUACGGUUUGCGUGCGGAGUUGCACAUCGAGAACCUGCAGGAACGCAUCGAUGAGGAGUCACGUCCAUCCCUGCGCAAGAACACGUUUGGUUGGGAUGCGUACUACCGUGUGGAUGCUAUCUACGGCUUUCUGGAUGGAUUGGUGGCAAGUUACCCGGGCGUUGUGUCUCCGCUCAACGUUGGCAACUCCUUCGAGGGUCGUCCUAUUAAGGGUGUAAAGGUAUCGUACAAGGCUGGUAACAAGGCCGUCUUCAUGGAGGGACUGAUUCAUGCCCGCGAGUGGGUCAGUGGAGCCACUGUGACUUGGGUGUUGAACGAGCUGCUCACCUCGAGCGAUCCGAAGGUGCGUCAGAUUGCGGAAAACUACGACUGGUACUUCUUCCCUGUGACCAACCCUGAUGGGUACGAAUAUACGCAUACGACCGAUCGUCAGUGGCGCAAAACGCGAUCGGAGGCAAGCGCACUGUGCCGUGGUGCCGACCCGAACCGCAACUGGGGUUUCAACUUCAUGCAAGGAGGAGCCUCCAGCGUGCCCUGUUCCGACACCUUCGCUGGACCGAGUGCCUUCUCUGAGAUCGAAACUCGUCAACUGUCUGACUUCAUCGCGACGUUGGACAACCUGAGCACCUAUCUGGCGUUCCACUCCUACUCUCAACUGCUGCUCGUCCCAUAUGGCCACACCACGGCUCGGCUUGAUAACUACGACGAAACGAUUGCCAUUGGCACGAAGGCGAUCAACAAGCUGCGGGAACGCUACGGAACCACGUACCAGAUCGGAAACAUUGCCGAAGCGAUCUAUGUCGCCUCCGGUGGCAGUAUCGAUUGGGUUAAGGGCGUCCUUCGGACUCCUCUAGUAUACGCGUACGAGCUGCGUGAUCUUGGUCGAUUUGGAUUCGUCCUGCCACCGGAUCAGAUCAUCCCGACGGCGGAAGAAACCCUCGACUCGAUCAUCGUAAUUUUGGAGGAAGGCGCCAACUAUGGCUACCACUAA